AUGUCUGGCAACAGCAGUGAGCCCAGCAAGACAUCUGGUCAAUUUCAUUCGCUGAAAGGCACCAUCAACGAGACCAUCGGCGAUCUCACCGGCCUUCAGUCUUGGAAGCAGUCGGGCAAGGAGGAGCACGGGCAAGGCGAAGCCGAAUACCAGGCGGCACAGGCGAAGGGCUAUGCGGAGGGAACAGUUGACAGGCUCGGCGGAAAGAAAGAUGCUGUGGUGGGAGCUUUGACUGGCGACCGCCAACAGGAGGCUUCCGGCAAUGUUCGUCAAGACAAAGGCCAGACCCAGCAGGACUUCAACUCAUGA